AUGUCUGACAAGAGUCUGCCACACAAUUUGGACCAAUACCCUCGUGGAUUUCGGCGUGCUUGGACCAAGUUGUCAGAUGUCGUUUCCAAAGCGAACCCGAGUACGGUUGUCGCGAGUGGGCAGAACGGGAUGGUUCAAGAGCCCGUAACCGGUUUGAAUUGGAGCGAGGUGGUCAGAAUGGCAGAUAGAGACGAGGGUUCAAAGGUAAAGGCCCCGGGCCAGCGGCAGUGCGAUGGGCUGAAAUUAUGCGACGUGUGGCGUGUGUGGAACAUGGCAAGUCAAGAUGUGUUUCGCCCCUUUGGAAACAAAACUGAGAUCUCAAAUAGUAAGCGUGGUAAGCUGAGCCGGCGGGAGGCGAGCAUAAGGCAAGGUACGCAAAGUCGCCGCAUCUUUUCGUCUGACGUCAACCAGGCCGCCGUCGUGUGGUCAGAAAAGGCAAGAGUGUGGAAGGCCCGCCCCACGCAAGCUUCCCGGGCCGCCACCAUCUUUGCACGGCACCUGCCUCGGGUGAUGGGGCCUUCCCUGAAAAUCAUUGGCCAGGCGAGGUGGCUCCCUGUCGGAUCCGAAGGAAGACGAAUCAUGGGGGCCAUUCCUGGUGGACUCAGUCGCCCGCUAGCUGCCGUCAUGAAGUACGGAGCGUGGAAGCACCGCCACAUUACGAUCUUAGACCUAGGCUUGAUCUUCAUCUGCUUCUCUUAUCUAUCAUCGGGUCAUGAUGAGCUUCGCCUUUCCUCGGCCACCGCUUCGACCGUUAACAAAUGGAACGCAAGCACACCAAUACAGGAUACACCGAGUCCGCAUCGAAACCUUGGAGAUUCGGAGGGUAGCAAGGGACCGAGGGGAUCUGGCAUGUGCCAAUCUGCCGUGCCCGAUCCUAUUUCUCCGAAUCCAGCACUUAGACGAUACGACCCUACCUUACGUUACCUUUCGGAUAACCUUGUGCCUUAA